CCCCGGCUGGAGCCAGGCAGUGUAUGAGUCAUCGCAGGAGGGGGAGGAGUCGAUCCAACGUUUCAGAGUGACGCCACCACCCCAUGUUAGUCAGCCAGGCACCCCAGGUGACGAGAAGGAAAUUCUGGGUGCGUGAGGCUAAGCCAGCAGCAGCAGCAAGGCCAAGCAUGUUCACUCGGGCACAAGCCACCGUCACUACCACCUCGGCCGCCACCAUCAAACCUCUUGCCACAUCAGUGCCGCAUACCACAGCUUCCGUCAGCAGUGGCAGUACCACGCACACAUCCGUCACCAGUGACGUAGUGCCGAGUUUAAGCUUGACAAUAACAGCUGUGACGAGUUUAUCUGAGAGUGGACUAGUGUGCAGCAGCAGUGGACUGACACCAGUGCUAGACACGCCUACUAUCACUAACUUAGUGUUCAUCAGAGGACCUGCGCCAGUACCAGCAAAACCAUUACCAGCAGCACCACCAGCAGCACUAUUACCAGCAAAAUUUACAGCAGCUUCAACAUUACCAACAGCAGCACCAUCAACAGCACCAUCAACAGGCAACACGUUCAUCUCCGUGGACAGCAAGUGUUGGGGUGGAGGCACCCUGACGCAGGUCCCCCACACGUCCUCGUCGUCGUCAUCUUCAUCGUCUUCGUCCUCUGGUGGGGGACAGAGCCGGGCGUCACAUUCCCACAACACGUCCUCGGGGGCCACUCUCGCCAUGCCUUCACAGAUACAACAACCUGGCCGGAGGAUGGGCGGGCGCAGACCCAUCAAAGAUGAGAGGUUGUCCGCGGAAGAGGAGGAGCGGCGGUCGUUGCGUCGGGAGAGGAACAAACUGGCGGCCGCUCGCUGCCGCAAGAGACGACUGGAUCAGACCAACAUGCUGCAGGACGAGACUGACGAGUUGGAGGAUAAGAAGUCUGAGCUGCAACAGGAGAUUCAACUUCUGCAGCAGCAGCGAGAUGAACUGGAGUUUCUGCUGGCCACACACAAGUCAGUGUGUCGCCGCCGUCAGCAGCAACAGCAAGUCGCUUCUGCCCCCGUCACCACAAAUGCCACCACGACGACCACCACCAACUCAAACCUGCAUCUCCGCAUUUUGAAAACGGAUAUAACUGUAAAGGAGGAGCCUAUGGAUGAUGACGAAUUUGUCAUUGUGAAGAAAACUAACGGCAGUAGCAACGAGUCCCGUCCCAGGCGACCCACAAGCCUUAAUGUAGCACCUGUAGCACUUCGCACCCCAAGUGUCGCUGAUCUGGGCGUCCCCAUUGAGACUCCGUCUGCUGGACUUCGUGGGCUGAACUUUGAGUCUAUGAUGGAGGGAGGAACUGGACUGACGCCAGUGACCAGUGGUACUGGGCUGAUCCCUCUACAUACGGGCCUAACGCCGCUGACAACCCCAGUUGUGUCUGCUCCUGCAAGUUCAGCCACCUCCAACUGUGGCACUCAGCAGCGAUCCUCCUCCUCUGACCUCUCCUCGCCAGACUCUGUGCCGCCCAAACUAGUGUCCCUCUGAAUAGCAACGCCCAUGCGCGCCCAC